AUGGAAGCAAAAUCGUUACUGGUGAGUCCAUCAUUUCAGGGGUCUGCAAAAGACUCGUCCACUACAAGAGUUGACAAGUCCCAAGGGAAUGGCAACUUAUUGCAUCUGCAAGCAAACCCCACAGGUGGAAACACGGGCCUGGCGCUCACAAAUUCAAUACCAACACAGAAUUCAACACCUGUCAAUAAACCCGGGCAAUCAAACACAAUCACAAAUCAAGUACCAAGUAGUUCACUACCGCAAACUCAAAGUAACAACAAUGCCAUUAAACCCAAGGGAAAACCAUCACAAGUACCGUCAAGACAUCAAGCAAUACGGCAACACCCACUACAUAUCGCACCAAAAUAUGCCAAGAUCCAACCAGCAAUAGCACCAAAACCAACAAGUUCGGUGCCUUUGACAACAAAGUUUAACCCAAUACCUAGCAGCAAAUUUCAACUACUGAUGAAAUCAUCAUUAUCAUCUCAAGAUGCAACGAAUCUCAAUACAUCCAAGAAGUGGAUCUUACCACCCCGACCAAGACCUGGUCGGAAACGAACUGGUGGUGAAUGUGACAAGAUAGUCAAAGCUCAGACCAAUGCAACAAAGAGGAAAGCCAAAAUAAAGCUGGAAGCUGGAUGUAAGACAGGUGAUGGGAAGGAAAAAUUGGAGAAAACCACACUUGGAUCAAGCUCAACGACGGCAAGAACAACAGCGAGUAACCCAACCACAAAAAAGGAAGUCGACACAGGGUGCUCCGCGACAGCUGAUUUUGUCAACACAAGUAAGGGUACUACUAGAAAGACGCAGAUAACAGCUAUGAGUACUGUAACACAGCCUCUUUCGACGGAGAUAAAACGAGAACCCAUAACUGUGGCUACUGCAUUGUCAAAGACAGCAGCAACACCAGAAACCACACAAUCUAGAUCACGAACAAAUGGAAUAACCCCAUUGGUGUCUGAUCUGAAGUCAAAUCUGAAACCACUGAUGCUAGUUCCAGCACCCCCAGCACCUCCGCCACCGACUACUAAAUCAGAAGACCCAAAGGCUCAUAUGACAGAAUUGAAGUUGUCAUAUUUGGCGAAAUUAAAAGAGCAAGAAAUCAUCAGAAAUUAUGUCGAAGUCCUCACAAACCAGAUUAAGGAACUAAGUUUUGUACAAAAUGGAGUCAUUACUUUUGAUGCUUUAAAAAAUAGCUCUAAAGUUACACCAGACUCUCAAAGAAUAACUUCAACAUUAUCCAAAUCCAAAUGCGACCAAUUAGAUUCGAUCAACAAUUUGAAUGAUUUAAACAAGUUUCUAAAUUAUCUAAGUAAGUCUUCAGAUAUCAUCAAAAGUGCUAAACGACAGCCCAAUGAGCACACGGCAACUCCAGACAAUUUGAAUCAACAAAUUGACAGUUAUGUACAAUUGCGACAGCGGUUUAAAAUGUUGAACCAGCAAAAUGGGAAAAAGAUUAACAAAAAGAAGGCGUGUAAGCAGCAGCAACAGCAACAAGUUGACAAUUCAAAAGAUGCAGAACCUACUGCUUCUUCAUCAGCGUCAGCCACCACGCCUAAACAUGCGAGUCCCAAGUCCCCAUUCACCCCGGAUUUACUACGUCCUUUGAAUGCAUCAAAUUUGUUUAAUGAUCCCAAUUUGGAUAUGAUGGAAAUGGACUUGCAAACAGAGACAAUAAAAGCUUCACCGUCAACUGCCGAAAUCUUGACCGAUAAUAAUGAAGUGAAAAGUGCUGGUGAUGGUUUAACCAUGGAGUUUGAAGGGACAAAGUAUGGAGAUAAUGAUGUUGGUGGCGACGCUGGUGGCGGUGAUGGUGAUAAUGGCGAGUUUUUUCAUAUUGAUGAACAUGAUUUUCUAAGUCGAUUGGCGCUAGAUGAUACGACAGAAGAGCCUGACUUGGGUGAAGUUGUGAUACACAAACAGAAUGGGGGUAGAUCUAGUGAUGCAACGGAUGUGAAUGGAUUGGAAGAUAAAGGAAUUGCUACUGAAGUUAAUAAUCGGACUCCUGCCACGAAUGAUAUGAUUAUGCGGAAAAAGGUCAAAUUCAAUUGUGGGUUCUGCACUAAUGAUACACCAUGUCUAUGUUUUGAUUCCGAUUUGGAAAUUAGUCGAUUGGGGUAA